AUGCCUCCGAAACGCAAGCCGAAGCCGCCGCCGCCGCCGCCGGUGGAGAUCUCGUCCGCGCCGCUCGAGGACGAGGACGACGCGACCGUCGUCGUCGUCGCGACGGUCGCCGCGGACGACGACGGCGACGUGAUGAAAUCUCAUCGCCUCUCCACCCCGCGCGUCUCUUCGCGGGAGAUGACGGCGUUCGAAGACGCGCCCCUUGCGAAGCCGAAGCCGUCCGCGCCGCCGCUCGUCGCGCCGGUGACGCCGACGCCGACGACGCCCGCGCCGCCGUCGUCGAAGAAGCCGAGGAUCGACACGAGCGCCAUCACGGGCGUGCGCGUCAUCGCGUGCCUCGCGGUGCUGUGCCAGCACUGGAUCCAGUGGUACGGGAAGAAGUCGCACGGCGAGAUCGAGCUUCAGGUGCGCGUCGCUUCGUAUCGCAGUACGCCGAUUCAUAUCCCUCGCGAACGGCCGCGCGCGCGUCGCGACGGCCGCGAUCGUCGUCGUCGUCGUCGGCGGCGGCGGCGGCCGCGCGUCGUCGGCCGCGCCGUCCGUCGCAUCGCAUCGCGCGGGAUUGAUUCUUUUUCGGGAACGUGA